GCCGUCUUCAAGCUAGCGUCUUCAUCCUCGGUAUACAAAGGAUGGACGUGAAGCUGUCCGGCACCAACUUGAACGCUUGGCAAGCACUACUUGUCGCCAUCUUUGUUAGGGUCAUGAUGACUUCCGAUUGGGGCGGAAGAGAAUCUAAUCCGGUUGGAGGGUCUGAGUUGAGGUAGGCGGGAAUUUGGCCAUCUCGCUUCUCGCCCUCUGGCGGCUCCGGACUGCAGGCCAACUUUGACUACCCGCAUGCUCCCAGACCCACACCGAAGGUCCCCAGGGGGUGGCUUUCUGGCUUCCAGAUGGGGGAUGAGGGGCCAGGAAGCACGGUUCACCUGCUGUGCCUCGCAGCCUCCAGCGGGGUCCCCCUGUUCUGCAGGAGCAGCGGCGGCGGCGCCCCCUCCCGUCAACAGCUUCCCUUUUCUGUCGUCGGUUCCCUCAAUGGAGUCCACAUGUUUGGGCAGAAUCUGGACGUGCAGCUGAACUCCGCAAGGACGGAAGACACAACCGUGGUGUGGAAGAGCUUCCACGACAGCAUCACCCUCAUUGCUCUGUCAUCCGAGGAGGGCACAUGUGAGCUGAUGCUGGAAAGAAUGCUCCACAUGGUGUUUGGGGCCAUGGUUCUCAUUGUGGGACUGGAGGAGCUGACCAAUAUCCGGAAUGUAGAGAGACUGAAGAAGGAAUUGAGGGCCAGCUACUGUCUCAUCGACAGCUUCCUGGGGAACCCUGAGCUCAUCGGGGACCUGACCCAGUGUGUGGACUGUGUCAUUCCCCCAGAGGGGACCCUCAUGCAGGAAACCCUGUCAGGGUUCGCGGAGGCCACUGGCACGGCCUUCGUCAGCCUGCUGGUGUCAGGCCGAGUGGUGGCAGCAACCGAGGGCUGGUGGCGCCUGGGCAUGCCUGAAGCCGUGCUGCUCCCCUGGCUGGUGGGGUCCCUGCCACCGCAGGCGGCUCGCGACUACCCGGUGUACCUGCCUCACGGGAGCCCCAAGGUCCCGCAUCGGCUGUUGACCCUAACGCUCCUGCGGGGCCUGGAGCUGUGUCUGCUGUGUGGGCCACGCCCGCCCCUCAGCCAGCUGGACCCACAGCUAUUGGAACGCUGGUGGCAGCCGCUGCUGGAGCCCCUCCGGGCCUGUCUGCCCCUGGGCCCCAGGGCUCUGCCUGAAGGGUUCCCGCUACACAGCGACAUUCUGGGUCUGCUGCUGCUGCACUUGGAACUGAGACGCUGCCUCUUCACUGUGGAGCCCUCGCGGGAUAAAGAGCCUUCCCCUGAGCAGCGCAGGCGCCUCCUCAGACACUUCUACACUCUGGUGGUCACCCCACACUUCUCUCCAGAACCGGGGCCUGCAGAGAAAGAAGAGGCUGCAGUCCACCCAGCCCAGAGCCCCAGGGCUUGCUAUCUCGUGCUAGGGCCAGGCGUGGGGUGGCAGCUGGUGGCUGUGCAGCUAGGGCUGCGGCUGCUGCUGCUGCUGCUGUCUCCUCAGAGCCCGACCCAUGGGCUGCGGGGCCUUGCCACGCACACUCUACAAGCCCUCACCCCAUUCCUUUGAUCACCCAGAGGUGGGCAGCCAACAGAUGGGGAAUAGUAGCGUCUCUGUUUAUUCGCUCACAAUAAUACACGGCCCCAGAUGG